AUGGUCACACCUUUGCACUUCCUCUCUGCGCCGGUCGCAGAAAGCCCAUUGGCCAUGACCCUUAUGUCAGUCCUCUUCCUCUCUGCGCCGGCCGCAGAGAGCCCAUCGACCGUGACCCUCAUGUCAGCCCUCUUCCUCGCCCUCUUCUUCCUGGUCUUCGUCUUCCGCUACCUGCGAACGGUCGUCUCGAUCCACUCCUGGAACACCUACAAGCCAAAGCCGAUCCCUGAGCCUAACCCUAACCCUAACCCAUCGGCCAUGACCUCCAUGUCAGCCAUCUUCCUCGCCCUCGUCGACACGGGCGUCAAAGGCCGGAGAAAAACGGUCACCAUCCAGCUGCCAGGGGAAGACGAUUACAUUCCGAUACCCCCAAGCGUGGCAUCUUUCGAGGAGGAAGACGAUGCUGCUGGAGACGAAACCUCCGACGAUUGCGACAUGCCCUCUUCUUCCUGGUCUUCGUCUUCCGCUACCUCCGAAGGGUCGUCUCGAUCUACUCCUGGAACACGUAUAAGCCAAAGUCGAUCCUCAAGAGCCCGACCUACACCUCUGCCGACGUCUCCGUCGUCAUCCUCGCGCUCUUCUUCCUCGUCUUCAUCUUCCGGUACCUGCGAACGGUCGUCUCCAUUCACUUAUGGACCACCUACAAGCCAAAGCCGAUCCCCAAGAACCCGACCUACACCUCCGCCGACGUCUCGGUCAUCAUCCCCACGGCGUUCAAGCAGCCGGUUGCAUGGGUUUUGAAAAUGAGACAGUUUGAUAGAGGCCACUGGGAGCACUUUGCUCGCAAUUUCGCGGUGGGAGCAGCGCGAGCUGGCGAGCUUCUUGAACCGCCGCUAGGGAUGAGAAGCAAACACGCAGUGAGCGGAAUAGCACUACAAUGA